AUGCAACAUGCCACACCCAGCCACCAACACACAUGGGCACGACAGAGGACCAAAAAAAGAGGCACGCAGCCGAGGAGACACAGCAGAGUGAGGACACAGCCGAAGAGACAUGGUAAAGAGAGCACAGCCGAGAAAUUACCCCAGACGAAACAGCAGAGAGAAAUCAGCGAGAGGACACAGCCGAGAAGACAGCAAAAAGGACACAGCCGAGGAGACACAGCAGAGAGACACACAGAAGAAGACAGCAAAAAAGGAUACAGCCGAGGAGACACUGCAGAGAGAAUCAGCGGAGAGACACACAGCCGAGAAGACAGCAAAAAGGACACAGCCGAGGAGACACAGCAGAGAGAAAUCAGCGGAGAGGACACACAGCCGAGAAGACAGCAAAAAGGAUACAGCCGAGGAGACACAGCAGAGAGGACACACAUGAGAGACAGCAAAAAGGAUACAGCCGAGGAGACACUGCAGAGAGAAAUCAGCGGAGAGAACACACAGCCGAGAGACAGCAAAAAGGACACAGCCGAGGAGACACAGCAGAGUGAAAUCAGCGAGAGGAGACACAGCCGAGAAGACAGUAAAAAGGAUACAGCCGAGGAGACACAGCAGAGAGAAAUCAGCGGAGAGAACACACAGCCGAGAAGACAGCAAAAAGGACACAGCCGAGGAGACACAGCAGAGAGAAAUCAGCGGAGGAGAACACACAGCUGA